AAUCCAGCAGUGGCCUCCAUGGAAGAGGAUGGGAUGGAGUGAGUGGAGGAAGGGGAGAUGUCCCCAGGCUGGCAAGGGCAUUUCCCAUUUACAACUCCCAGAAACCAGAGGGAGGUCCCAGGGCCCCACCUACUGGGCUGGACUUCCAGGGCUGCCUUCCCCCGCCCUGGGAGGGGCUAUAAAAGUUCCUUCCCAGGGCUCCCAUAGAAGGAGGAGGAGGAGGGGGCUGUGCAGGCUGGGGGUGUUGCUUGCUUACCCAGCUGUGCCUGGGGCCCUCAAUUGCAGAGAUGCAGCUGCUACAGGCCCUGGCAGGGGUCCUAGCCACACUCAUCCUCGCCCAGGCCUGGGAGGGCACUGCCCCAGCCUCUCCCAGGGCGGUGGAGACCUCAGUGCUUCAGGGCUGCAUAGCGGAGGCCAAGGUGCUGGUGGAUGCUGCCUACAAUCGGACCCAGAAGAGCAUCAAGCAGCGGCUUCGCAGUGGCUCGGCCAGUCCCAUGGACCUCCUGUCCUAUUUCAAGCAGCCGGUGGCGGCCACCAGGACAGCUGUGAGGGCCGCUGACUAUCUGCACGUGGCCUUGGGGCUACUGAAAAAGAAGUUAUGGCCCUGGGACUCCAGCCCCUUCAAUGUCACUGAUGUGCUAACGGAACACCAGCUGCACCUGCUGUCCCAGGCCAGUGGCUGUGCAGUCCAGGAGCAGGCGGAGAAGUGCAGCAACAAGUACCGCACCAUCACCGGCCGAUGCAACAACAAGAAGAGACCCUGGCUGGGGGCCUCCAACCAGGCCCUGGCACGCUGGCUGCCGGCCGAGUAUGAGGACGGGCUGUCGCUCCCCUUCGGCUGGACCCCCCGCAAGAGGCGCAACGGCUUCCUCCUCCCUCUUGUGCGGGCUGUCUCCAACCAGAUCGUGCAGUUCCCCAGCAACAGGCUGGCCUCGGACCCCGGCCGGGCCCUCAUGUUCAUGCAGUGGGGCCAGUUCAUUGACCACGACCUGGACUUCUCCCCGGAGUCUCCAGCCAGAGUGGCCUUUACUGCGGGUGUGGACUGUGAGAAAACCUGUGCGCAGCUGCCCCCUUGCUUCCCCAUCAAGAUCCCGCCCAACGACCCUCGCAUCAGGAACCAGCGCGACUGCAUCCCCUUCUUCCGCUCGGCGCCCGCCUGCCCCCGGAACAAGAACAAAGUCCGCAACCAGCUGAACGCGCUCACCUCCUUCGUGGACGCCAGCAUGGUGUACGGCAGCGAGGUCUCCCUGUCCCUGCGGCUCCGCAACCGGACCAACUACUUCGGGCUGCUGGCCGUCAACCAGCGCUUCCGCGACAACGGCCGGGCCCUGCUGCCCUUCGACACCCUGCACGACGACCCCUGCCUCCUCACCAACCGCUCGGCGCGCAUCCCCUGCUUCCUGGCAGGUGACUCCCGGUCAACGGAAACCCCCAAACUGGCGGCCAUGCACACCCUCUUUAUGCGUGAACACAACCGACUGGCCACCGAGCUGAGACACCUGAAUCCCCGGUGGACUGGAGACAAGCUGUACCAGGAGGCGCGCAAGAUCGUAGGGGCCAUGGUCCAGAUCAUCACCUACCGAGACUUCCUACCUCUCGUUCUGGGCAAGGCCCGGGCCAGGAGGACCCUGGGGUCCUACAGAGGGUAUUGCGCCAAUGUGGACCCGCGCGUGGCCAAUGUCUUCACCCUGGCCUUCCGCUUCGGCCACACCAUGCUCCAGCCAUUCAUGUUCCGCUUGGACAGCAGAUACCAGGCCUCAGCACCGAACUCCCACGUGCCGCUUAGCUCUGCCUUCUUUGCUAGUUGGCGAAUCGUGUACGAAGGUGGCAUCGAUCCCAUCCUGCGAGGCCUUAUGGCCACCCCUGCCAAACUGAACCGUCAGGACGCCAUAAUGGUGGAUGAGCUCCGGGACCGGCUGUUCCGGCAAGUGAGGAGGAUCGGGCUGGACCUGGCGGCUCUCAACAUGCAACGCAGCCGGGACCACGGCCUCCCAGGCUACAAUGCUUGGAGGCGCUUCUGCGGGCUCUCCCAGCCUCAGAAUUUGGCACAGCUUAGCCGGGUGCUGAAAAACCGGGAUUUGGCAAGGAAGUUCCUGAACCUGUAUGGGACACCUGCCAACAUUGACAUCUGGAUCGGGGCUGUGGCAGAGCCUCUCCUGCCGGGGGCCCGAGUGGGGCCCCUGCUGGCCUGUCUAUUUGAGAACCAGUUCCGAAGAGCCCGAGAUGGAGACAGGUUCUGGUGGCAGAAGCAAGGUGUUUUCACCGAGAGACAACGCAGGGCCCUGAGAAAGAUUUCCUUGUCUCGAAUCAUAUGCGACAAUACGGGUAUCACCACUGUUUCACGGGACAUCUUCAAGGCCAACACUUACCCCCAUGGCUUUGUGAGUUGUAGCUGUAUUCCCAGGCUGAACCUGUCCGCCUGGCGAGGCACAUGAGGCUUCUGCAGGUAAGAGGAGGCCUCCCCCAGCAGCCCGAGGCUGGGUGGGACCCUCACACCCUUCCCUAGACAGCACGGCCGAGUCCUCCUAACAUCUCCAAGCGGACAACAGAACUUGUCACGGGGACAGGGUGCUCAUUCCUAGUGCUUCCCAGUAUACUCGCUCCCAGGCUGACGGUUCAUCUCAGGGCCUAGGGCUUGCGGAUAACUAGGAAGUGUCCAGCUCCCCUCAGCUUGGUCACUAGUACCCUAAAAUGGCUGCAUUUCCAGAUGUCCUGCAAGUUCCCGCUUAUCCAGUUCUGCUGUUCCUCAAGAGUCUAUCCCAACUCUCACACCCUGGAAGACGGGAAGGGGAUGAGCAGGAGGCUGCUCUCUCCCCCGUGAGAACUGUAUCCUGCUGAUGCUUUUGCAGGUGACAGCUCCAGAGCUGGCUGCCCUGGCUGUGUGAUGGCUGGGGCUCCCACAGGAACGAACACACCUGCUUGGAGCCUCUUGGGCAUCAGGUUAUGAAUCAACACCACAUGCAAGGACUUGGGAGCCAAGCCAUGAGCCUUGAGGCCCAGCAAGAGUCAGCUGAGGCCUUCCAGCACUUUCCUCUGUCUUCCAAACUUCCUCCUCCCACCCCCAUGCCUGGGAGACCACAUGGUCCCACAGUCCUGAGCCUGCAGCCUGGGCAGCAAGUUCUGCCUCUACCAAUAAAGGACAGCUAAGCAUAA